ACCCCAGCAGCCACCAAACACCCGGCCCUCGAGCCCCUGAAGCGCCGCGUCAUCGGCCUCGCCGAUCGCGGCCGCCUCGACGAUGCCCUCUCCGCCCUCGACCUCAUGGCCCGCCGCGGCGUCCCGGCCGACCUUGUCACCUACUCCAUCCUCCUCCGCUCCUGCAUCCGCUCCCGCGACCUCGCCCGCGGCCGCCUCCUCCAUCGCCGCCUCCUCGAUUCCGCCCUUCCCCUGGACUCCGUCGUCACCAACUCCCUUAUCACCCUCUACUCCAAAUGCGGCGAUUGGGACGCCGCCUGCUCCAUCUUCGAGGAAAUGGGCAGCCGAAGAAAUCUAGUUUCCUGGACCGCCAUGAUCUCCAGCGCGGCCCAGAAUGGGAUGGAAGAAACAGCCAUAGAGAUGUUCCGCGAAAUGCUCGAAAUGGGGUUUAGCCCGAAUGAGUUCAGCUUCUCUAGCGUCAUUCAAGCUUGCUCGAAUACGAAGUUCAUGUCGGUUGGGAAAGUGGUUCUUGGAUCUGUGUCCAAAAUGGGAUUUUUCCCGUGGGAUGUAUCAGUUGGGUGUGCUCUGAUCGAUAUGUUUGCGAAGACCCACGACUUGGUUUCAGCUCGCAAGGUCUUCGACAGAAUGCUCGAUAGGAACUUGGUCGCUUGGACCCUGAUGAUCACGAGAUUCGGGCAACAUGGCUGUGGAAAAGAAGCAAUCAGUUUGUUCGUAGAUAUGGUGCUCGACGGGUUCGAGCCUGACCGCUUUACCAUGAGCAGCGUGAUCUCUGCUUGCACCGAGCUGGAGUCCAUUAAGUUGGGGCAGCAACUGCACUCUCUAGCGAUUCGAAAUGGAUUUGCCUCCGAUACCUGCAUAGGUUGCAGCCUCAUAGACAUGUAUGCAAAAUGUGCAGUAGGGGUAUCGAUGGAUGAUUCAAGGAAGGUUUUUGAUCGGAUGCCUGAGCAUAACGUCAUGUCGUGGACAGCGGUGAUAUCAGGCUAUGUGCAAAGUGGAGGGCAUGAUGAGGAAGCAAUAAAGCUCUUGUGCAAGAUGAUGCAGGGAAGAGUUUGGCCAAACCAUUUUACCUAUUCUUGCAUUCUCAAGGCAUGUGCCAGUCUAUCUGAUCCUGAGAUGGGGGAACAGGUCCAUGCACAUGUUGUGAAAUCAGGUCUAGCAUCGGUAAAUUUCGUAGGUAACUCUUUAGUCAGCAUGUAUGCACGGUCAGGUAGGAUGGAAGAUGCCAUCAAAGCUUUUGAUGUACUGUAUGAAAAGAAUAUCAUUUCAUACAAUGCCGUUAUUGAUGGUUAUUUGAAGAAUUCCAAUGCCGAAGAAGCCCUCGAGCUCCUUCAUCAAACUGAGAGCAUGGACAUUGGAGUAAGUGCUUUUACAUUUGCUAGUCUUUUGAGUUCUGCUGCAAGCAUUGGAAUGAUGAGCAAGGGCCAGCAGAUGCAUGCCCAGCUACUAAAGACAGGAUUUGGAUUGGAUAAGGGUAUUGGUAAUUCACUUAUAUCUAUGUAUUCUAGGUGUGGAGACAUAGAGGAUGCUUGCCGAGUUUUCUAUGAGAUGGAUGAUCAUAAUGUGAUCUCAUGGACGUCGAUGAUCACAGGUUUUGCUAAGCAUGGGUAUGCAAACCGAGCACUCAGGUUGUUCCAUGAGAUGAUCUCAACUGAGGCUAAGCCAAAUGAGGUCACUUACAUUGCUGUUCUAUCUGCUUGUGGCCAUGCGGGUCUAGUUAAGGAAGGGUGGGAGCACUUCUACACCAUGCAAAGGGAUCAUGGGAUUAUUCCAAGGAUGGAGCAUUAUGCUUGCAUGGUUGAUAUGCUAGGGCGAUCAGGCCUUCUUAAUGAAGCUGUUGAGUUAAUAACUUCGAUGCCUUUCAAGGCUGAUGCCUUGUUGUGGAGGACUUUGCUUGGUGCAUGUAGAACUCAUGGAAACAUUGAGCUGGGCAAACUCUCUGCUAAAAAUAUCAUGGAGCUGGAGCCGCAAGAUCCAGCAGCCCAUGUCUUGCUAUCAAACUUGUAUGCUGCAGCUGGCAAGUGGGAGGAUGUGGAAAAAAUAAGGAUUGGCAUGAAAGAGAGGAAAUUGAACAAAGAAGCUGGAUUGAGUUGGAUGGAGAUAGAGAACACCAUCCAUAAGUUUCAUGCAGGAGAUACUUCUCAUCCACAAGCCCAAGAGACAUAUGCAAAAUUGGAUGAAUUGAUGGCUGAAAUCAAGGAAAUGGGGUAUGUACCUGACACAAAUUUCGUUCUUCAUGACAUGGAGGAUGAGCUAAAGGAACAGUACCUGUUCCAGCACAGUGAGAAGAUAGCAGUGGCCUACGGUCUUAUAUGCACAUCUGCACCAAAACCCAUUCGCAUAUUUAAGAACCUUCGUGUUUGUGGAGAUUGUCAUGCUGCAAUCAUGUACAUCUCAAAGGCCACUGGACGGGAAGUAAUUUUGAGGGAUUCUAAUCGGUUCCAUCGGUUCAGCAAUGGGGAGUGCUCUUGUGGGGGUACUGGUAAAACUCUGCAUGCUCUUUGCGGUUAUGUGAUGGUGCAUGCUGCGGUCCAAACUAAAAUUUGAAGGAAACCAUUUCCUUUUAGCUCAUCCAUGUACUGUAGGAACUAAAUUGUAAGCAGGAAGUUCGUCCAUGCAUCCAAAGUCAGUGCAGGAACUGAAAGGGUCAAACGCAGGAGAGAUUUCUUAAGGAAAGCUCUUUUUCAUUCUUUUGGGGCCAGUACAAACUGAUUCCCGUUAUCUCGGGCCAUUUGUAAAGCAUCCUGAAGGUCCGUUGCCUUCUGGGGAUUUCUAUCGCAUCAUGCUGUUAAACCAGGCAAAGAAACUUGGAUACCAAGGCCAUUCAAUCCAGUCGGUUCAAUGAUUCCAACUGUACAUGACCUCAAGUAUUAAGUCUCAAGGAAGGUCAAGGCAAAGAGAGAUAAAGGAAAUAUGUGAGUGGCUCUGGAAGAACGCUUUAUCAGGAGGGAGACCACAGCAGCAGUAAUGGAAUCAAGAAACAAGAGAAUCUUAGUUCGUCUGUAUGUUUGUCUUUAUGUAAUCAAGUAUCAUAAGCAUUUAGUAACUUGUCUCCUGUAAAAUUGUGUUUAGUCUUCAUUCCAGAUCAAGCUGAUAUAUAUUCAUCAUGAUGAAAUACGAAAGGGGCCGUAGGCCUCUCGUCUUCCUUUCAUCA